AUUUCACUACAUCCCAGUCUAUAAUUCUCCCGCACAUAGCCGUGUAAACUUUAUCAUAAGUGGAUAUAAGCUUGCUAUCAAUCAAGCACAAGUACAGCCAUGCGGUUUAUGACCACUGCCCUUCUCGUUUUCGACGCAUUAGCCAGCUUCUCGUCUGCUGCGAGCAAUAGCUCGUGCGAUACUUCGACCGAUGCCUGCGUCGACGUUCUAGACAACAGUCAUUGUCAAAUAACAGCUGUCGAUAGUGGAAACAAAACUGCAUUCUUGGAAUGCUUUCAGGGAGGGUACAGCUCGCUCGCGCCAGUCACGAAGAUUUGUCAGUGUGUUGGUUGUGUUGGGAACCCGAUUGACACUUUCAUCACGAAUAAUACAAUUUGUACCUAGUCGGAAAGAUGAAAGAGAGAGAGGUGUUGAUUGAAAUACACAAUUUGCAUCUCGAACAUUCAGGCACCUUUGAUCUUUUAUGGGAAUGAUUUGGC